UAGAUUGAGAUAAAUGUUAUUACAGAAAUUAUGGAUGAUAAGAAAUCUUAUUCAGAUCAUUUCUCAAUCUGUCGUAAAUUAUGGUGGGAAAUCUUUUAAGCUCACGUACGGUCUCAGCAAAUGCGAACGCAUGCAGUUCCCUGUAACUUCCCUUGUAGGAGCACUAGAUGCGAUGACAGCCCCUUAAACCUUGUGCAAAUAAGAUGAAGCUUCACUUAUGGAGGUUUGCCAAACACGGCGUGCUGCCAAAAAUACGUCAAAAUCGCGUGGGAAUCUUUCUAGCGAGGAAUAUUGUAUUACGCGCAAACUAUUGCAGUGUUACAAAAAUAAAAGGAUUAUGCUUUCAAACCGUUAGCGAGGAAGACUUUCCAUGGGUUAUAUGUGACGGCAUGCUAGAUUCCAUGAAGUUCAACUUGUGUACUAAUUAUUCGCUGUAUUGGCACUGAAUUUGGUAACCAUGCAUUACGUGCCAUUUGACAUGAUUUCCUUACUCCACUUACAAAUAUAUCCCACCAAGUAGACCACACCAUUUUACGGCCUAUAUAUUUGCGUGAUUGCGGGUAUUUAAGACGAACAUUUAAAAAACAUUGACGCAAUACCCCACGCAAUGGAUAACGGACAAGCGCGGCCAGUCUUGCAUGGGUGGGUCAGUAACCGUCUCCCUAUAAUCGUCAAUGUAUGGGUGUGCCAAUGAGCGUUGUAAUACAUCUUAACGACCGGCGCCACGCACUGAGAAAUGUCAUCGGAAAAUAACGGUCGUUUUGAGUGUGAGAAAAGAUAACGAAACUUUGAUAGCGCCAGACAGUAUAUAAAAGCAGGAUGUUUGUAGUCCUAAGUAAUCGAGCGUAGACCUCUUUCAAGAAGGAAGCUAGCUAAAUUGAGUUAAAUACUGACAGAAAAUAUAUUAGACAAAAAUCGGAGAAAAUGGCGCAAUGGUUGAUGAUCUUAUCGCUGUUUGUUCACAACAGUUUUGCUUCCAGUCUGUACGACAAAAUAGACGAUUAUCAUUUUGAACGACGAGGAAUUCCAUCCAUAGAGACUGAAGAGAAAGAUACAGAUUGCAUUAAAGAUAUCCUCGUUGUCUGGGACAACUCCCAAUCGGUUGGCUUGAAAAAUUUUGAGCAGAAUGUGCGACCAUUUCUAAAGAGCCUUAUCGUAAAUAAGAAGCUGAACGUUGGAGAAUACGGCAGCCAUAUUGGUUUUAUCACAUUUGCUAGUGAUGGAAAGACCGAAAACUUGUUGGAGAUUGGAUCAAAGAAUGAUAAAAAUGAUCUGCUUUCUUGGCUGGACAACUUGGACUAUGUGAAUGAUCUUAUGGGGCCAUCUACUUACACAGGCAAAGCAUUCAAGCUUGCAAGCGAUGAAUUCAGGUUAAGAAGUCCUUUAAAUCAUCGGAAAGAUGUAAGCGACGUCAUUCUGUUGAUCACAGACGGGGAGCCACGGGCUAGAAACAGUACAAUAUUAAGAGAACAAAUUGAGAUGGCUAAUGAGUAUUCAGCAGAGCUUAUGGAUAGAAAGGUGUUAAUUGUCGCCCUGGCAGUUGGACCCGAAGCAAAAGAAGAAAGAUUCGUAAAUAAUAUCGUUUCUUGGUCGAACCAUAUGUUCACUUCAGGGUUUGAUGAUUUGGACAAGGUUUUGGGAAAAAUUGUUAAAGAAUCCUGCAGUGUUGAAACAGUGUAUUGUGAUUGUGAAGGCGGGAUAUCUACAGAGCAGUAUGUCAGGCCGGGUGAAGAUAAGAUAAUGAUAAAUUGGUUGGAGCCAAGACUCCGAUGUACACGGCCGGUUGAUUACACGGCGGAGGUAAAACCUCAUGGCACACAAAAUCCACAGGAAUUUGGACUUGGAAUGCACAUCAUUACCUACGAAUUCUCCUACUAUGGUCGUACCGACAAGCUUACAACCCGUGCUUGUUUUGUCGACAUUACAGUUUAUGCCUGCGAAUGUCCUAGUGUGCAGACUAUAACAGCCACUGUUGAGUAUGGACAACCAAGAGCAUUUGUGAGUUGGUGGGAACCCGAACCAGAUUGUCCGAAUACGCCAAGCAGAGGCAAUCCGGAUCGCAAUCAUGGAUGGUUCACGGUUGGUGAACACACAAUGAUGUACAACUACAAACACGAAACAUAUCUUCAAAGUUUUAACAUAGAAUGUCAUGUAAACAUUAUUGUAACCGCUGCAUGAUUCACCCAGCAUGAUAACGUAAUUACUAUAGUGGGCAUUGCAUGUCCUAUAGUCGAAACUUUGUAAAUCCUAUACUUUAUAAUAUUUUGUAGCAAAUAUUUAAAGCAAAUAAGAACAUUCAUU